CUCCUUAAAGAAGGUUUUCAAUUCCCAAUGGAGAAACCGAUAAACAAAAAUGAAAGGUCCAAAAUAUAGUUAAAUACAUAUUUGUUGGACAUUUUUAACCAAAAGUAUGCAAUAUUUCAUAGCUUUUAAGUCAGGAAAGUAAUACAGAAUGUCAUCAUUGUCUGGUGAAAUAGAUGAUGAGUCGGUGUGCUCACCUACAUUGUUCACCCCACCUCCGGUCGCACCUCUACCACCUCCACCACCAUUCUCAAGGAGUGCGGUUCAUUCUAACUCUAAUGGUAUACCAACAGAUGUUUCAUUUUCCAGUUUUAACAAUGAUCCAGAGAGUGAUGGUCAAAGGGCAUAUAGAUAUGCUUGUAGUGCAAUUCCAGAUAGUUUAGAAAACUAUGUAUGUGUUUCAUACCAAAGAAAAGUCGAGCCAGUGAUACAGUCAGGUCCACAGUGUGGUCUGGUUGCCUUAGCUAUGGCAAAUUCCAUAUUAAAUAAAGAUGUAACAUUGGAACAAUUGUCAGAGGCCAGUCAAAGUCAGGGAUUCUCCAAACAAGGAGAAAUAUUCUCAUCAUUAAAUUUAGAAAAGCUAGCAUCAGAUGCCUAUGGAUGUAAAUCAAGUGUUUUAGAUAUCAGGGAUGUAGGUGGCAAGUGGGAGUUCCUAAACUGUCUUGCUCGAGGAGAUAUUCUCAUUGUUCCUUAUGAUCCGGAUAAAAAUUUUGUGCCAGUUCUAAAAAAGGGCCAUAAGGCUCAUUGGGCUCUAGUCACAGGUUUCUUUGCAGCAAUGAAUGACACAUCAGUGCUAAACAAAUUUAGAGAUGAUUCAAUAAAGAAAGAUCCAGAAUUUUCUAAUUUGUAUCACUGCGAUACAGCACCUUUACCUUCCACAACACAUCGGGUUCUUCCGGCUGAGCCAAAUGUCACUCCACGGGCAUUGUCAGCAAACGUUCCAGCACGGCCUGGAGGUGCCAUUCCUAACCGAGCUAUUUCAGCGCGAACUCUUCCAGCGGAACCAGGUCAUCCUCCAGCGGUAGAGAGUACAAAGUUAACCCAUGAUGUUGGCAAUCUGUCUCAUGAUAAAGUGACUAAGGCAGGUGCUUGUAGAAACCCUCUAGAGGCCGCCUCCUAUAUACUGGUGUAUGCCAAACAAGGGAAAAGUAAGCAUACUGGAAUUUGGAAUGCAAAAACUCUUGUAGAAAGUUGUUGUAACUUGAUAGAGAUAGAUCCAGGGCGGUUUGAGGAUGGUGAAAGUUACAUGUUCCCAGAGAAAGGAAUUGAAGAGGAGCUGUGUGGGAAAGUGGUAGUACUGCAUGUAAAGAAAUGAAAAUAUCAGCAUGAAUACAUUCAGGUCUAUAACACUAGAGCUGCCUAUUCUUUACAGCAUUAUAUACAAUGUAGCUAUCAAAUUGUGACAUCUGUUGAAGUCAGUAUAUCACCUAAAUCAGUAAAUUUACUAGUAGCAGUGACAUAAAAUUGUGAUGGUUUCAAAGCAGUACUAAGAUAACUUUUUUCUCAGUGCUAUUAUUGUUUCCUAAAGCCCUCUGGUUAGGUUAAUAAAUUUUUUUAAAGGUUUAGAACGAAUGUAGCAAGGCAUUUAAUGUGUUGGGCUUGAUUUGUUACUCAUUUAAGUUGCUUGUAUUUAGAAUUUGUACUGAAGUAUCAAAAUAAGAAGAUUUUAUUGAAUACAAAUUUAGCUUGAAUAUAUUAAUUUAGGACUAUGUGAUGUAGAAAAAACUAUAGUUCAGACUUUCAUGUUGAAAUUAACUUAGCAAACUGAAUUGAAGUUUUCAGAAAAGUUUGAAUUUCUAAUUACGGAAUCAGUUCCAAAUCUUCUAGAAAUGUGGAGCAUAUUUUUAGAGUAAAUUUUAAGAAAAUAUUAAAGGGUAGAAAUACAUUUGUUGUUUCAUAAUUAAGGCCGAUCUGUUAAUUUAAUUAGUGUUUCUAGCUAGGUGCUGAUGUGUACCAGAUACAAUGCAGUAGAUUACAAUAUAUCAACCAUCUAUAAGUAGCCAUUUUAAUAAGUAAUAGAUGUAGUUCCAAUCUCAACAAUCUAAUAUAAUUGCUUACAUUCAUGGUAAAAGUCAAGAACAGUAUAGCAUGUAUAAGACCUCUGUUUUCGAGCCUUAAUUUCAAUGUUAUUUUUGCAAUUAUUUCUGAUUUCAAGGAAAUAUUUGAUUUAUUUUAUUCUUGAUAAGUAAGUCAUUAUUGUCUAGGCAGAAUACUUGUAUGUAUAUUUUUGUGGUGGUAAUUUGGUUGUAUAUACAUUUACAUUACAUACAAAGUACAAUAAAAUGCUUUGACAGAUUUGUCAGUAAGAAGUGACAAUAUAAAAUAGGUAGAUUUGUGACAAAUAAAUUGUUUGUUGGUUAUUACCUUUGGGAAAUGUAGGAUUUAUUAUUGAUUCGCUUUAUUUAUUUGUUCAUUUACUUGAUCUUAAUUGCUUUUUUAAAUAGACAAAUUUUGAAUCAAUGAUAUUCUUUUUUUCUUCUAUUUUUACAAAUUGAUUUUUUUUUGUGAAAUUUGUUUGUCAGAACUAAUCAUGUAAAUUUUGUCAGAACUAAUUAUGUAAAUGUGCUCUCUUUUUUCUGUGUAUUAAUUUUUGUGACAAUAACACAUUGUAAAUGGUUCAAAAAGUUGUGUGAAACUCACACUUAAAACAAUGGUGCUUGGUAAAUUAUAUUCAUAAACAUAUUUAUAAUGAUUAAAAAAAAUGUUCAAUAUUUUUAGAUAUAUGUAAAUAUGUUAUGUGUGAAGAUACAGAAGUUGUUUUCUAUUUAUGUUUUGUGCUAUAUAUGUAAUUUCAAGCUUUUACACAGUAUUUUUGUGUGUUGAUAUUAAACAGAGGAUGACUUGAUACAUUGUACAAGAAUAUUGGCUUUGAAUUAAAGAUUUGUUUUUUUUUAUAGCAACAAGAUUUUUUU